AUGAACAACAUCGUCGACAACUCCUCCUGGGCUCAUUCUGGUUCUCCCAACACAGGUCGUGCAUGCGUGGUUACGGUUGGUGUUGAUGUUGCGGCUUCGUCUUCUUCGUCGUGUGAUCAUCUUAUUCGGAGGCGCAACCCUAGAAAGAAGAUCACAAAAUUGAUGAGGGUAAUGGAGGAAGGGGUGAAGGUCAAGGGGAAGGGUGGUUGCAAGAAGCCAGACCCUGAGGCCCCAAAGAUCACCCGUCCCUGCACCGAGUGCGGCAAGAGGUUCUGGUCCUGGAAGGCUCUCUUCGGCCACAUGCGCUGCCACCCAGAGCGCCACUGGCGAGGGAUCAAUCCUCCCCGCACCCUCAUCAGACCACCACCGCAAGAAGACGUGGGCGUCACCUUCACCCCGGAGGACCACGAGGUUGCGGCGUGUCUACUGUUGCUGGCGAGUGGGAAGGGGAAGGAGAGGGGCAAUGAUGACUACGACAACAUAGUAGUGGACAACGUGGUGGACGAGGAGGAACAAGAACAAGAACAGGAGCGGUUCGAGUGCUCCAGUUUCAACAACGCACUUGGAGGAGGCCAUAACUGUAGCAUAACUGCACCCUCCCCCACCCCCGUUGACCUCCAUCAACAACACCACCAUUGCUCUUUGGAUUUGAGGUUGGGUCUUAAUUAG